GGCUUUGUUUUUGUUUUGUGCUUUUGUUACUCCAAUCUAUACACACAAACAGACCACAUUCAUUAAACCUCACCAUUCUCGUGGCUCGUUUUGUAUGUAUAAUUGAUAUAUACACUUCAAUCUCUGCGAAUCUUGAACACCCUUUUGUUGUUUCUCUUUUAAAUCUAUUGGAGAUCAGCUGCUGGAUCAUUGGGUUUUGUUUUAUGCUUCGCGAUUGUGUUCCAUGGUUGAUUCAGGUGGCCUUUGUGCUUCCGUGCGCAUAUCGCGUUUAAUAACACUGAUGCUGGAUGGACUAAAGUCAAAUUGUUGAAGAUAUUAGAAUUUCUUAGGAAAAGCCAAUCGAAUUACUAUAUGACCCAAUAGAUCAGUCUACAUGGCAGUUUCUAAAAGGGCAGCGAUGAAGUUUAAAUCUGUUCAGAAUCAGGCCGAACUGGUUAAGAGUUACUUACUUUCAGAUCCAUAUCUAUCAUACACAUCAGUCCUUAGUGGUAUAUUCGCGAGCAAAAUGGUCUAUGAUUUUUCUCACUUGAUCAGCACAUCGUACUUCAGGACAUAUGCCGGACUUACAAAAAUUCAGCGAAUUGAAUGGAAUAACCGUGGUAUGUCUACCGCCCAUGCCAUAUUCAUUUCAACGAUGUCUUUGUAUUUCGUGUUCUGGUCAGAUCUUUAUUCUGAUCACCUUAUAGCUGGAAAUAUCACCUUUCGAAGUUCACAACUUUCAUCUUUCGCUUUAGGACUUUCUGUCGGCUACUUUAUUUCAGACCUUGCCAUGAUCUGCUGGCUAUAUCCUGCUUUGGGUGGAAUGGAGUAUGUCAUUCAUCACUCUCUUUCUGGAAUUGCUGUAGCAUAUUCCUUGCUAACUGGGGAGGGUCAGCUCUAUACUUUUAUGGUCCUUAUUUCUGAGGUGACAACUCCAGAGAUAAACAUGAGAUGGUUCCUGGAUACUGCUGGUUUGAAGAGGUCUAAUGCUUAUCUGAUUAACGGAGUGGUGAUAUUCUUUGCUUGGCUGGUUGCAAGAAUAUUGCUGUUUGUCUACAUGUUUUACCAUGUGCAUUUGCAUUAUGAUCAGGUCAUGCAGAUGCACAUUGUAGGACGUAAUUUGAUAUUUGUUGUGCCAGCUGCACUCGGGAUCAUGAAUUUAAUGUGGUUUGGAAAGAUUGUGAAGGGAUUGAGAUCAACAUUAGCGAAGAAAUUGUAGAGGUUAUCGACAAGGCACACUGCUGUCUCUCGACAGUUUCAUUUCCGAAAACUGUUCCCAGUAGUUUACUUGUAUAAAUUAGGGCAAGGAAAAUGAAGGUAUUUUGUUUCGACAAGUAGAAAUCCAACUGCUGUAAAUGCUUAUAUAUAUAUGGUUGGCUUGUGAAUC